GCUGUUUUGUUUUGACAUGACUGACAUCGUGUGACGUCUUUCCGUGUUUUUGAUUGAAGUAUCGAUUCGGUCAAUUUUCAAAACAAAUUUGUUUAGGUUCCUACCUAGUUUAAUUUUUCGAUAAAGUGAGGUUUACAUUCAAAUUCAAACGAGUUAUGUAAGACAAUGAAGUUAUCGACUCCAAGAUAUACAUUUUGUUUGUUUUUCCAAUUUGCUUUCAUUAUUCUCGAUUUAAUUUUCAACUGCGUUACUUUAUUUCCCAGAAGUCGCGAUGGCCUUCUUGUUUUAUUCAUAUUUCAGGAUCUUUUUCUGGUGCUAUCAAUCACAGCUAUGCUUAUGACGUUUUUCUCAACAUAUCUCUUUCAAGCAGGUUUGGUAGAAGUGUUGGUCCGCAAGUUCCGCGCGGCGGGCGCGGUGUGUGUGCUGUACUUGUGCGUGAGCGUGUGUCUGCACGCGGCGUGGCUGCUGCAGCGCUGGCCGGAGCCGCACGCCGCCACGCCGCCCGCGCUCGUCUGCUUGUUCGCUCUGCAGAGAUGUUUGUCUCCAUGGUACUACUUCUUCUACAAGCGCGCGGCACUGAGAGUGAGCGACCCCCGGUUCUACGAGGACAUCGACUGGAUCAACCGGCAGCUCACUCCGCGCACUCACUGACUCACUACUAACAUGAAACUGAUGAUUAGACAUUAUACUAACUUGCUACAGAAAGCCAGACAUUUGGUACUAGUAUUUCCUGUACAUAAUAUACAUAUAUAUUGAGUAAUUACAUGUUUAAGAACUUCUUGAAUACUUACCUUGUUGUGUGAAAUUAAUCACUAGUUACUAUGAUUAUCAUAUUAGCUUUAUGUGAACUAUGAAAAUUGAUAUUCAACAUUAUGUUACAUCUAGUCACAAACCAUAAUAAUCUUAAGUGAUGAAUGUAAAUAAGUGUUUAAUAAAUGUUCUUGACUGCUA